AUGCCGUCCAACAUCGCCAUCGACCACAACCCAGCACUGAUUGCUCCUACGAGAAACUUGAACACCAUCCACUCCUUUGAUGCAGAUAAAAAUAAGCAGAUCGCAGUCUUAAGUAUUUAUUUGAAACCGAAUCCUUCCAUGAGGGGUCCUAUAGCCCGUAGCACGUUCAUACGUAAAGCAAAUACAUUUUGUAAAGAAGAAUUAAACAGACAGAAGAUAAUCCUUAGAGAUAUUCUCAAAGAGAAGUCAGUCGAUGGUAAUCAUCCAGAUGUGGCAAACUUGACAAAACUGAUUAAAACAGGGACAACGGACUUUUCUAUUGGUUUAGUUUUUCAGGCAUUUCGUAAAGAAAUCGCUGCGGAUUACUAUCCUUGUCCCAAGAUUAUAAACUCAUCCCCUAUAUUCACUAGAGAAUGUGUCAAAAUAUGUUGGUUGGCAAACCUCUCUGCGCCACCAAUUUCGUCUUAUGCAAAGAAAAGGGGUGACGAUUUCGACGAAAACUUCUUCCGUGAAUAUACAUGCAAAGGUAAAAAGGUUGACUUCGUUGUGAUGCCAGCACUUGUUAACAAAGAUGGCGAUGUGGUUGCUAAAGGUGUUGUUUAAUGUAAACCAUGAACGAUGUUUGAGUGUAUUUAACGCAAAAACUGUUGCGAAAU